AUGACCCUCGCUUGCUCUGGUGCCCACGGGUUCCUGCUCGGCCUUUCCAACCAUCCCAGGUGGGGCUGCCCCCAAGGCCCGUGCCGGCAGGUGCUGCCUCUCUGGCUCUUGCUCCUUUGCUUGCCCGGCUGCGUCCAGCCGACGACGUUCAAGGUGGGCGUGAUGGGCCCCUGGAAUUGCGACUCCAUGUACGCCAGAGCCUACCCCGACGCGGCAGCCCGGCUGGCUGUUUCCCGCAUCAACCAGGACCCGACCCUCAACCAGGGCUACUGGUUUGAUUAUGUCCUCCUCAGUGAAGAGUGCCAGAGCUCGAAGGCCCUGGUGGGCUUUGUCAAUGCGGAGCGUUACGCCUCCGGCUUCGUGGGCCCGGUCAACCCAGCGACCUGUGAGGCGGCCGGCUUGCUGGGCAAGGCAUGGAACAAGCCCAUCUUCUCCUGGGCCUGCCUGACGGACGACGCCGAGGUGGAGCGCUUCGGCACCUUCGCUCGGCCCUUGCCGCAGGCCUCCGCCGUGCUGUAUAUCCUGCUCAAGUACUUCCGCUGGGCCCACGUCUCCGUGAUCACCUCCGAGCAGGACUUCUGGGUGGAAGUCGGCCAGGGCCUGGCCCACUCCCUGCGCAACUUCGGCCUCCCCGUCAGCGUGGUGGCCACCAUGGAGAACGACCCCGAUGGCGCGCGGGACGCCCUCCGCAGGAUCCAGAGGACCCACGACGUCCGAGUGAUCGUCAUGUGCAUGCACUCUGCGCUGCUGGGCGGGGACGAGCAGCGCCUCCUGCUGGAGAAGGCGGAGGACCUGGACAUGACCGACGGGAGCUACGUUUUCAUCCCCUAUGACGCCCUGACCUACAGCAUGCCCUACCAGAAGGAGUCCUACGCCGUGCUGGAAGACAACAUGAAGCUGCGCAUGGCGUACGACGCGGUGCUCACCGUCACCAUCGACUCACCGGAACGCUCCUUCCGAGAGGCCUUCCGGGAGGCUCAGGCGAAGAGAGAGAUCCCCGGGCACCUGGAUGCCGACCAGGUGCAUCCGCUGUUUGGUACCAUCUUCAACUCCAUCUACUUCCUGGCCAAGGCGGUGGAGAACACGCGCAAGUCCGGCGACUGGGUGAUGGGGACCAGCGUGGCCGAGCACGCCAAGGACUUCGAGCUGGAGGGCUUCAGCCAGGCCGUGUCGGCUGACGAACACGGGGACGCCCUGCUCCCCUACGUCAUCCUGGACACGGACGGCAAGGGCAGCCGCCUGUGGCCCACCUACAGCGUGGACGUGGCUGCCGGCACCCUCCGCUACGUCGGCCACACGGUGCAUUGGCCCCACAGCUCCACGCCAGACUCGGACUCCAACUGCUGGUUUGACUCUGUGAGCAUCUGCACCGGUGGGGUGGAUGCCGGCUUCAUCCUUUUCCUGUUCCUGGCAGUUAUCGGCUUGGUCGUGGCUGGAACUGCGCUCGCGUUCCAUCUCAGGCGCAAGUUCCAGCACGCCCAGCUCAUGAAGGGACCCAACAAGAUAGUCCUCACCAUGGACGACUUGACCUUCAUUAACACGCAGAGCAGCAAGAAGAAAAUCGAGGACAGCCGCCCAAGCCUUGGUGGAAAAAGCGUGGCAGACAUGAAAAGCAUCAAGAGCGUGGCAGCGAAUCCGGAAAACACCAACAUCGCUGUGGCAGAGGGCGACUGGGUCUGGCUGAAGAAAUUCCCUGGAGAAAAGCAUAUCGAAAUCAAACCAGCCACGAAAACAGCCUUCUGCAAGCUCCGGGACCUGCGCCACGAGAACGUGAACCUUUUCCUGGGCUUCUUCCACGACUGUGGGAUCUUCGCCAUCGUCUCGGAGCACUGCACCCGCGGAAGCCUUGAGGACCUCAUCCACAACGAGGACAUGAAGCUGGACUGGAUGUUCAAGUCCUCCUUGCUCCUGGACCUCAUUAAGGGGAUGAAAUACCUGCACCAUCAUGAAUUUCCACAUGGACGGCUGAAAUCUCGGAACUGCGUGGUCGACGGCCGCUUUGUCCUCAAGGUCACGGAUCACGGCUACAACGAACUGCUAGAAGCCCAAAAAAUCCCGCGGGAACCAUUGAAGCCCGAGGACAAGCUCUGGACGGCACCGGAGCUGUUGCGGGAUCCGGUGCAGGAGCGAAAGGGCACCUUCCGGGGAGAUGUCUACAGCAUCUCCAUCAUCAUGCAGGAGGUCAUCUGCCGCGCUGCCCCCUACUGCAUGCUGGAUAUGAGCGCCGAAGAGAUCAUCAAGAAAGUGGAGAAGCCGCCUCCGCUCUGCCGGCCCUCCGUCUCGGUGGACCAAGCGCCGAUGGAGUGCAUUCAGCUGAUGAAGCAGUGCUGGAGCGAGCAGCCCGAGAGGAGGCCGAGCAUCAACCAGGUUUUUGACCAGUUUAAGAGCAUCAACAAAGGUCGCAAGACGAACAUCAUCGACUCCAUGCUGCGCAUGUUGGAGCAGUAUUCCAGCAACCUGGAGGACUUGAUCCGGGAGCGGACGGAAGAGCUGGAGGUCGAGAAGCAGAAGACCGACCGGCUGCUGACGCAGAUGCUGCCCCCUUCCGUGGCCGAGGCCCUGAAGACAGGUGCGCCAGUGGAGCCGGAGUACUUUGAGGAGGUGACCCUGUACUUCAGUGACAUUGUGGGCUUCACCACCAUCUCGGCGAUGAGCGAGCCCAUUGAGGUGGUCGACCUGCUCAACGACCUCUACACCCUCUUCGAUGCCAUCAUCGGCUCCCACGAUGUCUACAAGGUGGAGACCAUCGGAGAUGCCUACAUGGUGGCGUCAGGGCUGCCGAAGCGCAACGGGAACCGGCAUGCCGGGGAGAUCGCAAACAUGUCCCUGGACAUCCUCAGUGCCGUCGGCACCUUCAAGAUGCGUCACAUGCCAGAAGUGCCCGUCCGGAUCCGCAUUGGCCUGCACUCAGGGCCUUGCGUGGCUGGCGUCGUGGGACUGACCAUGCCACGCUACUGCCUCUUCGGGGACACGGUGAACACCGCCUCGCGGAUGGAGUCCACAGGCCUGCCUUACCGAAUCCACGUCAACAUUCGCACGGUUGAGAUCUUGCAUUCCCUCAAGGAGGGCUUCAAGCUGGAUCUCCGGGGCAAAACAGAGCUCAAGGGGAAAGGCGUUGAAGACACGUUCUGGCUCAUUGGUCGCACGGGGUUUAACAAGCCCAUCCCCACCCCGCCUGACCUGCAGCCCGGCACAAGCAACCACGGCAUAAGCAUGGAUGAGAUUCCUGAAGAACGGAAGAAGAAGCUUCGGAAAGCUCGCCCGGACAUGACGUAGCCAAGGGGCUGCCGUGCAACACCAGGCGGAGGAGGCAGGCGUGACCCACGGAAGGAGGAGGAACCGGCAGCCGGUGCCCGAG